UAAGGAACGGAAUAAUUGCCCUGCCCUUUCUUCAGUCUUGCUGUGCGCAUGCUAACCAUAAGAAGAGCCUUUUCAACUACUUCAAGACCAUUCAGACUAGCUAUUGUAGGCAGUGGGCCAGCCGGUUUCUAUACAGCUCAUCGUCUACUUAAAGAAUGUCCACAAGUUCAUAUUGACAUGUUUGAUGCCCUUCCUGUCCCUCAUGGACUAGUACGAUUCGGAGUAGCUCCUGAUCACCCUGAAGUCAAGAAUGUCAUGACAACUUUUGAUAAAGUAGCAGAAGAUCCCCGCUUCCGCUUCUUUGGUAAUGUUCCAGUAGGCUCUUCAAACAAUGGAUUGAGUAUAAAGGACCUUAAAGAUAACUUCCAUGCAGUUCUCUUAUCUUAUGGAGCCAGUGAAGAUAGAAAGAUGGGAAUACCAGGGGAGAACCUUUACGGAGUAGAAUCGGCCCGAACGUUUGUUGGAUGGUAUAAUGGACAUCCGUCUUAUAGAGACCUCAAGCUACCACUUGAUGAUACAGACACCGCUGUCGUAGUCGGACAAGGCAAUGUAGCCCUUGAUGUUGCGCGUAUUCUUUUGAGUCCUAUUGAUGAGCUUCGAAAAACAGAUAUUACAGAAUAUGCAUUAGAGGCAUUAUCAAAGAGUAGAAUCAAGCAUGUUCAUGUUGUCGGAAGAAGAGGGCCUGUACAGGUCUCGUUUACUUCUAAGGAGCUAAGAGAACAAAUGUCUUUACCUGGUGUAGCAUUUGACGCUGACAUGGACUUGAUUCGUCGUGAGAUUGAAGCAUCACAGCCAAUUAUUAGCAAAAAUAGACCUCUUAAGCGCCUUAUGUCUCUUCUUGAGAAAGGCUCGCCCAAUAAAGACACAGAGAAGACAUGGUCUGCCAAAUUCUUACGCAGCCCAGUAGAGAUUUUGGGUAAUACCGAUCAUUCGCGAGUACAAGGAAUCAAGUAUGUUAUCAAUAGAUUAGAGGGGCCACUAGAGCAGAGAAAAGCCGUGCCUACUGAAGAGUAUGAAACACAAGAGUGUGGUAUAGUGUUGAAGAGUAUUGGGUACAAGAGUAUACCGAUUGAAGAUGUGCCAUUUGACAGCCGAAGAGGCAUAAUACCUAAUGAAUAUGGUAAAAUAUUGGAUGGAGAAAAGGAAGUUCCAGGCAUGUAUACAGCUGGCUGGUUAAAACGUGGACCUACAGGCGUUAUCGUAUCUACCAUGACGGAUGCCUAUGAAACAGCAGAUACUAUAGUAAAUGAUCUCCAACAAAAUAAAGAAAUGCUUUCUGGAGGAUCCAAAGACGGAGCAGAUGGCCUUGACUUAACCUUCAAGGAACGUAGCAUCAUGCCUGUUAGCUACUCUGAUUGGAAGAAGAUUGAAGCUGCCGAAUUUGCUAUCGGUGAAAACCUGGGUAAACCUCGCGAGAAGUUUACAACAAUUGAAGAUAUGCUCGCUGUUCUUAAAUCAUAGCACUUUGCUUCUUUGAUAUGCACACCUUUUUUCCCCCUGAUUGGUAUCUUUCUUAUGACUAACUCAGUGACAAAGUAGAACAACUUAUAGACUAAAUUUUAGUAAAAUGUACAUGUAAAUUUAAUAAAGUAGAACACUGUCUACAAUCCUACGAUACACUAAUAAUGACCUGCUUGCUUAUGCUCUCUAAACACAGUUAUUGAGAGAUAUAAAGAUGGAUGGGUGUACGACGACAAGAGGGCGAGAGAGAGAAAGAGAAAGACGGAAAAUAGAAUAUGAAAGAUAUCAAUACCAGUUAUUUAAAUCAACAAGAUAUUGAAUGAAAAACUUUGCAAUAUUUAUAUCACUUGGUAAUGCUUAUUUUUAU